AGGACGCUGCGCCGUGGGGCGGGGCGGACGAGCGGUGUCCGUCAGGCCGUGUGUCCCAGGCCGUCGCCCCCGCUGUCGCGCUGCAUCUGCUCCUUGCAUGCCUUUAGAUGGUAAAGCCUUCAGCCGGUGCUUCGGGAGACAGUGCAGCCGCCGAGCAUUUCUGCUGAGCUUCUCCGCCGAUCGUCCUUUUCUAGCAGGCAGCUCUUCUAGGCCACGUCCAGGUCGAGGGGGAAAAUGGCGCCGGCGCCCCUAGGCGUCCUGGAGGAGCAGUUGCUGGGGUGUCGAUCUAGAUUGCUUUCUCGGUUACUCUUCAUUGCCCAGACCGCUCUCCUCCUGUUGCCUGCCGCCGGAGCAGUUCUCUGCCCCGCGCCCUGCUCCUGCCGCAUUCCUCUCCUGGACUGCAGUCGCAGGAAAUUGCCCGCACCGAGCUGGAGGGCGCUGUCGGGCCUGCUGCCCCCCGACACCGCUAUCCUGGAUUUGAGUCAUAAUCGGUUGUCUAACUGGAACAUCAGCUUGGAAUCAAAAACAUUACAGGAAGUGAAAAUGAAUUACAAUGAACUAACAGAAAUCCCGUAUUUUGGAGAGCCAACAUCUAAUAUUACUCUACUUUCAUUAGUCCAUAAUAUAAUCCCAGAAAUAAAUGCACAGGCGCUCCAGUUUUAUUCUGCUUUGGAGAGUUUAGACCUCAGCUCAAAUAUAAUAUCAGAAAUCAAGACAUCUUCAUUUCCUCGCAUGCAGCUUAAAUACCUGAAUUUAAGUAAUAACAGAAUAACCACCUUGGAGGCUGGUUGCUUCGAUAAUUUAUCGAGUUCCUUAUUAGUGGUAAAGUUAAACCGUAACCGAAUUAGCAUGAUUCCACCUAAGAUCUUCAAGCUGCCUCAUCUCCAAUUCUUGGAACUUAAAAGAAACAGAAUUAAAAUUGUGGAAGGUCUUACAUUCCAAGGGCUUGACUCCUUAAGAUCUUUGAAAAUGCAGCGGAAUGGAAUUAGCAAACUUAAGGAUGGAGCAUUUUUUGGCUUGAAUAACAUGGAAGAACUAGAACUGGAACACAACAACCUUACACGAGUGAACAAGGGGUGGUUGUAUGGCUUGCGAAUGUUACAGCAGCUCUAUGUGAGCCAGAAUGCUAUUGAAAGAAUCAGCCCUGACGCAUGGGAGUUCUGCCAAAGACUAUCCGAACUUGAUUUGUCCUAUAACCAGCUGACCCGCCUGGAUGAAUCUGCUUUUGUGGGUCUGAGCUUAUUGGAGAGAUUGAAUUUAGGAGACAACAGAGUCACUCAUAUUGCUGAUGGUGUGUUUAGAUUUCUUUCCAAUCUUCAGACAUUAGACUUAAGAAACAAUGAAAUUUCAUGGGCCAUAGAAGAUGCUAGUGAAGCCUUUGCUGGACUCACAAGUCUCACUAAAUUAAUCUUACAGGGAAACCAGAUUAAGUCAAUUACAAAGAAAGCAUUCAUUGGUCUUGAAUCCCUUGAGCAUCUAGAUUUGAACAAUAAUGCUAUAAUGUCUAUCCAAGAAAAUGCUUUUUCUCAGACUCAUUUGAAAGAACUGAUUCUGAACACAAGCAGUUUGCUCUGUGACUGCCAUUUGAAGUGGCUACUUCAAUGGUUGGUUGAUAAUAACUUUCAACAUUCUGUGAAUGUAAGCUGUGCACACCCUGAAUGGCUAGCAGGGCAAAGCAUCCUGAAUGUGGAUCUGAAAGAUUUUGUCUGUGAUGAUUUCCUCAAGCCACAGAUAAGGACACAUCCUGAAACCAUAAUUGCUCUAAGAGGCAUGAAUGUGACUCUGACGUGCACUGCAGUGAGCAGCAGUGAUUCACCUAUGUCCACUGUGUGGCGCAAAGACAGUGAAAUCCUGUAUGACGUGGAUAUUGAGAAUUUUGUUCGUUAUCGGCAGCAAGCUGGAGAAGCUCUGGAAUAUACUAGUAUCUUACAUCUUUUCAACGUGAAUUUCACAGAUGAAGGAAAAUAUCAGUGUAUUGUUACUAAUCACUUUGGUUCUAAUUAUUCUCAGAAAGCCAAACUGACUGUAAAUGAGAUGCCAUCUUUUCUGAAAACGCCAAUGGAUCUGACUAUUCGCACUGGUGCCAUGGCCAGAUUAGAAUGUGCUGCAGAGGGACACCCUGCACCUCAGAUUUCCUGGCAGAAAGAUGGUGGUACUGACUUUCCUGCGGCUCGAGAAAGACGCAUGCACGUCAUGCCCGAGGAUGACGUCUUCUUUAUUGCCAAUGUGAAAAUAGAAGAUAUGGGAAUCUAUAGCUGCAUGGCACAAAAUACAGCAGGAGGUCUCUCAGCAAAUGCUUCCCUAACAGUGUUAGAGACACCCUCAUUUAUUAGACCCCUGGAGGAUAAGACAGUAACCCGAGGUGAAACGGCGGUGUUACAGUGCAUAGCUGGAGGGAGUCCUGCCCCUCGUCUCAACUGGACUAAAGAUGAUGGGCCUUUGCUGGUGACAGAACGACAUUUCUUUGCUGCAGCCAAUCAGCUUCUCAUCAUUGUAGAUGCCGGGCUAGAAGAUGCUGGGAAAUAUACCUGCAUUAUGUCUAACACCCUUGGGACAGAACGUGGCCACAUUUACCUAAAUGUCAUUUCAUCCCCCAACUGUGACUCUUCCCAGAGUAGCAUUGGUCAUGAAGAUGAUGGCUGGACCACAGUUGGCAUUGUCAUCAUUGUUGUGGUCUGCUGUGUUGUUGGCACUUCUUUGAUCUGGGUCAUUGUUAUUUACCACAUGAGAAGGAAAAAUGAAGACUAUAGUAUCACAAACACAGAGGAGCUCAAUCUGCCUGCAGACAUUCCCAGCUACUUGUCUUCCCAAGGAACGCUGUCUGAGCCACAGGAAGGCUACAGCAACUCUGAGGCAGGCAGUCAUCAGCAACUUAUGCCUCCUGCCAAUGGAUAUAUACACAAAGGCACUGAUGGUGGCACUGGUACCCGGGUGAUUUGCUCAGAUUGUUAUGACAAUGCCAACAUCUACUCCAGGACCCGAGAAUACUGUCCAUACACCUAUAUUGCUGAGGAGGACGUUCUUGAUCAGACACUGUCCAGCCUCAUGGUCCAAAUGCCUAAAGAGACAUAUUUAGCACAUCCUCCCCAGGAUACUACUGCCCUAGAGAGCCUGAUAUCGUCAGCCAACAGAGAGCCAUCUGCCUUUCCCACCAACCGUGAAAGGAUAAGUGAGAAGAAACUUCCCUCCACACAGAUGAGCGGUGAAACAUUGCAGCGGCCGGUGUGGAACAUAAACAGAGAACUAGGCCUGCCUCAUCCUCCUUUUUCCCAGCAGCCAGUCCAUGAGUCACCACAACUUCAUCAAAAUGAGGGCCUGGCAGGGAGAGAGCCAGACUGUUCUACUUCUUCCAUGUCCUGCCACAGGUUACAGGAUCAUGCUUUUGAUUUUAGUAGGACUCGGAACAUUCAAGAUGGUAGUGAGGGCACAUGAAACUCACUUGAGGAUGAAAUCUGGGUAGAGACUCAUUAAUUAAUUUUGCAUUUACUACCUCAGAGCUCAGAAGAAACUCCGAUGUCAGCAUUUGCUUUACUCUUUCUUUAUGAUUGCAUCUGACUGCACCAAGGUGGGCCAUGCGUUGUUUGGUCUUAUACCUGAUGAAGAAAUGGCAACAGCUGACAGAAAUGGGUACAGCUCAUCAAAAAUGUGCAGCACUGGCAGAGGGAAGAUACGGGGCAAAUGUGCUUCCUGAUGGUUCCAUGGGGAUGUGCCCUGGUGUGCAUCUGCCUGUCAGGAAGAGUCACAUUGCUGCUUAACAUGCUGGAUUGCCCUAGUCUUCAGAAUGGUCCUGAGAAAACAUCACUACUUUGAUGUUCUACUUUGCCUUCCAAGGAGCAAAAAUAACUUUGGAGCCUUCUGGGAAGUGUGCCUGGGAUUCUUCAGUGGUUUCAGGCAGAUAGUUGAGACUGGGGCUUUGAUAUUCAAGGUCUUUGGCAAGAAUCCCAGGCUUGACCAACUGGUAACCAGGUCAAAGGUUUUUGUAUUCUUGUGAAUUUUUUUUUUGUCCCUAUUGCCCAGGGAUGUCAUUGUAAAUAUAUGUGCAUUUAUAAAUAAUUUUUGUAUUCAUUGACCAUAUGUGUUGGCUGCAGUGUAAAUAUUUUUGAUAUGCCAAAAUUAUAUAUAAUAUCCAGUUAUAAUAUUGACAAGUAGCUUCUCAGAUCACAGAUUUUAAAUAACUCGAUUUAGUGAGAUCUAAAAAUUUUAUUUAAAGUAUAAAAAGGGUGGCUCACACCUGUAAUCCCAGCAUUUUGAGAGGCUAAGGUGGGAGGAUUGCUUGAGGCCAGGAAUUUGAGACCAGGCUGGGCAACAUGGUGAGACCCUGUCUCUGCAAAAAAUAAAUUAAAAAAACAGCUGGACAUUGUGGCAUGCUGCUGUAGUCCUAGCUACUUGGGAGGUUGAGGUGGGAAGGUCACUUGAGCCCGGGAAAUCAAGGCUGCAGUGAGCUGUGUGAAGCCACUGCACCCCAGCCUGGGUGACACGGCGAGGCCCUGGCUCAAAAAUAAAAUAAAUAAAAGUUUUAAAAACUUACUUGUUAAGAAGUGUAUCUACAGAAGCAGCUACUUAGUGAUUGUAUACACAUAAACACAGUCUUGGUGUAAUUAACCGCCUUCUUCAUGCCUAGAGGUUCAUACUUCUGGUCAUUUGCCAGCUGUUUAAAAGUGCUAGGUGAUACUCCCUUUCUAACAUAAAAAGCUUGUUCUUUCAGAGCCUGGUAGUCCUGUCACAGCUGUAUGCACCUAGAGGAAAACUUGUUUGGAAAUUCCUUUCAUUUCUUCCCCCUUUCCCUCCCUCCCUCUUUUUUACUGAAACAGAAAUUGAUUGAGGAAGGUUCAGUCAUUCCUACAGGAACCAAUGAGUUAGAUCGGGUUGUUACUUUAUGUAUAAUGAACGCUUCAAAAACUGGAGGCUGAUUUAAAUGCAGAACUUGAGUCAGAAUCAUAAGCAGUACUGUGACAUGAAUUGGAGCCAGAACAGUUGCUGAUAUCAGAACCAUCUCUUUCAUUCUGUGACUUUGCUCUUGCCGUGUUAGUCAGCCGCUAGGAUAUAAAUCACUAUCACUGUCCAUAUUUGAGUCUGCAAAUCUUGUCAUUGUCUGCUUUAAUGCUCUUUGAGUUGCAACAAGUGUAUUAUUUAAAGGAGUAUUUGAAAUUCUGUGAACAGGAAUUCUGUUCGUAGUGAAAUAGGUUCUCACACCUGCUUGCUCAGAAUGUGAAAAUAUUAUUUCUGAGUUCUCUUUGUUCACUUUCUAAAGUGACUGUUGUUUUGGUGUUGGAGAUGUUAACUGGGUUCUAUUAGGUGUGCUAUAUCUUGGCAAAUAUUCCCCAUGAUGAACUCUUCCUACUAUCACAAUGAGGACUAUGACUGGAUUUCUCAGUCUCAGUGCCCCAGAUUCACCAUUUCUGAUUGUGUCUGGAGAACGUUCUCCUGGAAAGGCAUUCUGUGUUCCAAAAGCUGCAAAAACAUGCCACUUUGCAACUAUGGGUCAGUUAUUUGCUCUCUCAAUGUCUCAUGUUGCUGAGUUCUAGAAAAUCUCUGUCUCAUUUACCAGGGGUCAUUCAAAAGUCUGAGAUGUGUAUUAUCAUGAAAUAUUUGUGAAAUUCCUCACCAUGAAUUUGGAGGCAACCUACUUUUGUUUCUCGCUCUGGUUCUCCAUUGGUCUGGGCUCCUGCUUCUCAGUCUUCUCUGACCUCUGGUAAGUGGAACUUUCAUUAAUACUUCUGUCGUACUUUGUACCUGACCUAGGUGGCCUUGCAAAUGUUGACUCAGAUUGUGGAUUUUCCACUUUCCUCUGUUUUCCCUAUUUUCUCCCCUGGGAAGUCUUGCAGAUGAUGCAUAUUCAUUUUCUGUAUUCAGCCUUCCAUUAUUAAGGAUAAAAUUGAUCCCUACAUUGAAUCUGAAAUUACCACUAUAUGGAUUACUCUGGCUCACUGCUGUCCAAGCUUGGUUUUCUCUUUGCUUACUUCCUGUCAUAUUUUCAGUUUGUCCAAAAGAGGUAAGCCACUUUAUUACAGACCCAUUACUAGUACUAGACAUCAUCCACCUCUAUUUUCACCUGAUUCUUGUGGGGAAUCCUCUUUAAUUUGUUGUAACCUUCUCAGCAACUCUUCUGUACUUCACCUAUAGUGCCUAGCAAAUUGUUAUCACUCAUAAGCCUGUAAUCUUCAUCACUCAGGUUAUUUGCAAGUAGAAAGCUUCUGGAACCAAUUGGUCCAUCCGACUUCUGCACUGGGCCACAUCCAUCUUCUUCAUUGUCAGAAUCUGAGUUUUCCCUCUUGAAGAACAGCUGGAAAGUUGUCUGGCUGUUAUGACACAGUAUUGAAAUACCAGACUGAGUUUUAGUUGUUUCUAGUUGUGUUCACUUUGUGCUUUCUCUGAAUGGGAAUAUCUUCUUUCAGCAAAGUUAUUCAUUGACCAGGAAACCAAAGAUUGCUUCUUUUCCGAGUUUGUUUUGUUUUUAAUCUUUUACCAAUGCGCAGUAUAUCUUAAGAAGGGAAGAGUGCCCUUGGGAGUAGAAGAACAUGCAAACAUUCUUUUUUUAUUAUUAUUUGAGAUGGAGUCCCUCUUGGUCGCCCAGGCUGGAGUGCAGUGGCAUGAUCUCGGCUUACUGCAACCUCUGCCUCCCAGGUUCAAGCAAUUCUCUUGCCUCAGCCUCCCGAGUAGCUGGGAUUACAGGCACACCACCAUUUCUGGCUUUUUUUUUUUUUUUUUUUUUUUUUUUGGUAUUAGUAGAGAUGGGGUUUCACCAUAUUGGCUAGGCUGGUCUUGAACUCCUGACCUCAGGUGAUCUGCUUGCCUUGGCCUCCCAAAGUGCUGGGAUUACAGGCAUGAGCCACUCACCUGGCCCCACAAUUCUUAUACUGUAAAGCCUUGGAGUGGUCCUUAUUUUAUACAAGUGAUUAAGCCAAAAAGUUUUCUUGAAUUUCUGAUACCAAAGAGCUUUAGGUAAAUAAAGAACUUCACACUCUAAUGCAAUGUAAUUCUUUGUGCUUUCAGAUUUCCUUACACUUCCUGUCCAGUUCUCUCCUCUAAAUCCAAUAUUACUCACUAGAUUUCAGCCACUUAAAUAAAAAUAUCUAUUUUUAAGUCCUUGUUCAAGGGUUCCAAACUCACAUAAUUUCUCAACUUUUUGCCAGAAAGUUGAGCGUUUAUUCAUACUUAUUUUCAGUCCUAAGUGUUCUCCUAAGGGCACCAGCAGUUCUUGAGCUGUUUAGUACUGCCACACCUUUUUCUUUCUUUAAUAUGUCAGCCUCUGAUCAUUUUCACUUUGAACUUCCUAAAGAUCACAAUUUCCUAUCCCUUCAAUCUGCGAUCCCUCUUCUUCCUUUCUUACUAGAUUAUGGUGUAGUUUGUACUAGACUGAUUCAGAAUUUAACACCUUGUUCGCUUCCUGACUCUGCUUGUUACUGGCUUUGUAAUCAAGGGUGAGUCUUUUUACUUCUCUAGGCUAGAUUUUCUCAUUUAUGAAAUGAGGACAUUUUUCUAGAUGCUGUAAAGCCCUUUCCAGCUGUAACAUCCUAUGAAUCUGUAAUUCCCUCCAGGAGCUAAGGAGGAUUAUGUUACUUUAAUAAAAAGCUGCUUUGGUGACAUUUGUUCGAGUAGAACAAGAGUGAUGCUGCUCAUUCUGACUUGAGCCAGAUGUAUUUCCUUUAUAGCAGGAGUAAUGGUCUAAGAAAUACUCAUUAGGAGAAAAAAAUUCUGCUUCUAAACAGCAUUAGUAAACAAAGAAUCUUGACUCAGUUGAAAAACCACCCAUUGCUCUCUAGAGCAGAAUGUCUGAAUGCUGGUUUUAUAGCACACUAGAGUAUCAGAAUGAGCUGACAGAUGUAUCACAACUAAUUUUUAACUAGUUUGUGACUCACCUUUCUAAUGUAUUCGAAGUUAUCCCUAUAAUUAUAUUACUCUUGCUCAAAUUCUGAUAGAUUUCCUGAAUGGAAUAGGUGGAGUUAGGGCUAGGCUGCCAGAGACUGUGCCAAUGAGCAUCACCUGUCAUGUGUGAGAGGGCAGAAGACAGCCUGUGAGCCAGUGCUCUAGAAAACUUCAUGUAGGAGACCGGGCACGGUGGGUCACACCUGUAAUCCCAGCACUUUAGGAGGCCGAGGUGGACGGAUCACGAGAUCAAGAGAUCGAGACCCCUGGCCAACAUGGUGAAAUUCCAUCUCCACUAAAAAUACAAAAAUUAGCUGGGCGUGGUGGUGCGCGUCUGUAGUCCGAGCUACUUCGGAGGCUAAGGCAGGAGAAUCACUUGAACCUGGGAGGCAGAGGUUGCAGUGAGCCGAGAUUGCGCCAUUGCCCUCCGGCCUGGUGACAGAGUGAGACUCCGUCUCAAAAAAAAAAAAAAAAAAAAAAACCUUGUAGGAGUACUGCCUCUCUGCUCUAGCAGUGGUCCUUCUACUGACAGUGCUGUCGGAGUCUGGUCUCCUAAAGAGCCAGGUCAUCUUCCAUUAUGUCAACUCAGAUGGUUGAGAUGUCCUUCUUAGAUAUUCCUAGCUUGCCUAAAUAACUAGUCAGCAAUCUAGUUAAAUGUGAAGAGCCUAUCUCUAGUCUUUAAAUAAACACACAUACACACACAUCCCUAGGAAAAGAAAUUCCUGAAACUUUUCAUUAUUGCAUAUGUUUCUGAUCAAGCAAUAUGUUAACCUUCUAAGUAGGAUUAGUGUCCUAUGAGUAUUUCUUCCAGCAGAAUCAUGUCUGCCUAAUGCUAAUCAGGAAUGUUGCAAAGCAAGGUGAACUGAAAAUGCUGAGAGAAAUACCUCCUUUCCCCACUGCCCCCUAGUGACCACUUUCAGUAGGAAUACAUACAUUCUCUUGAUUUGUUUGUCCCCUUUCAGGCUGAUUCUCCACUUCUACCUGGAAGAAAAGACAGUAUUCCUUGAACUCCAUGCCCUACUGGCACAGGAUCUGCACUUAUGCCAUUGGCUUUCUGUCACUCCGCAACUUCUACUUUUCUUUUUGAGACAGGGUUUCACCCUGUCACCCAGGCUGGAGUGCAAUGGUGUGAUCGUGGCUCACUGUCGUCACUGCAGCCUUGGUAUCUCAAGCCCAAGUGAUCCUCCCACCUCAACCACCUGAGUAGCUGUGCCACCACACCUGGCUAAUUUUUGUAUUUUUUGUAGAGAUGGGGUUUCACCUUGUUGCCCAGGCUGAUCACAAACUCCUGGGCUCAAGCCAUCUCCCCGCUUAGGCCUCCCAAAGUGCGGGGAUUAUAGGCAUGAGCCACCGCACCCCACAGUACUUUCCCUAGUAUACAAGCUACUCUCUUGAAAAAAAUAGCAGGAGCCCAUUCCAAUGUGCAAGUUCCCCUAAAGAGCCACCUCAGAAUAACUUUCAUGUUUAAAAACAGCUGUCUUCACAUUGCCCAUUGUGAGGUUGUAAAAGGAAGAUAAGAUGUCAAGCAAUUUAGAUUCUGUUACCCAUUUCCCUAUGAAAAGAGAUGUGUUAAAAGUCUUUAACUACUUAAAGGGUCAUCAUGAAAAAUAAUUCUAUUCCAGAAGACAGAGUUAUACACAGGGAGGUGUAUUAUAUACUUGCUAAUAAAUUUAUCUGAUAAUGGAAUAAUCAGCCUUUUUGGUGGAAAGGUACAUACAGAAGCUAAAUCAUCAUCUGUUAAUAGUGUUUAAGAAAUUUCUUCAUUGAGAUGGAAUAUGGGCAAGAUGACCUUUAAGGUCUUUUUCACUUUUAUCAUUGGAAAACCCCAGAAGCAAUCUGAUAGUCUUAAAACUUUUUCCUUUCGAAGUCCUUUGUAUUCAUUUUAGAGCUCUUCAGGAAACUAGAGAAUUUUGGACUUUGACAAAAGGGGUCUGACCUGUGUUCGUAGCUGGGAACAUGAAACACGAAAUUCUAGGUUUAAUCUUCUGAAGAAAUCUGUAAGUAGUUACUAGCAUAAAUGGCAUUACUAUACUAACAAAUUUAAAAGCCUAUAAUGUAUUAAAACUCUUUUUUACUUGAUUUUUUUUUUUUUUUUAAAGACAGAGUCUCACUCUAUUGCCCAGGCUGGAGUGCAAUGGCACGGUCUCAGCUCACUGCAAUCUCUGCCUCCCAGGUUCAAGCAAUUCUCCUGCCUCAGCCUCCCAAGUAGCUGGAAUUAAUUACAGAUGCCCACCACCAUGCCCGGCUAAUUUUUGUAUUUCUAGUAGAGAUGGGGUUUCACCAUGUUGCCCAGGCUGGUCUUGAACUCCUGACCUCAAGUGAUCCGCCCACCUUGGCCUCCCAAAGUGCUGGGAUUACAGGCAUGAGCCACUGUGCCCAGCCCUCUUGAUAAUUUUUAUUCUUGUUUCUUCUUAUCUGUGGGACUCCAAUUAGAAUGGGGUUGAGAUUGUGGUGUUCAGUUUUAUACCAAUAUUUUACCUAAGUGUGUCAUGGCCUUUUCUAAUCAUUUUAAUAUCCCCAGAAAUGCCAGAAGCGUAAAGGAAUAACAGAGGUAAAUUUGCUGUUAUUUUAUACCACAUCCUCUUUUCUUACUUUGCUUCUUGAUACAGAUUAUAGAGGUAAUUGUGAAGACAGUUGAACCUUAGAAGGUUGAGCUAAGAUUCUUUUUUUGGCAACCUGCAAGUAAUGUUUCAUUUUUCUAUUACGUGAUCUCUUUCCCCCAUACAGUUGGCAGAUGUUUUCCCCCUUUUUCUACCUUAACACUUUUUUGUUUGCAGUACAGUCUAAACCAACAUCAGUUAGCCUUGAUUUUCUUCCUUUUUUGGACAACUGUCUGGUUCAUUGACAAAAGUAACAAGUUUGGAACUAAGAGAUAUGUUACAAGCUGCACUUAACACCACCUGAAAACUCAAGAAUCAUCUGAAGGUUUUGUCAGUAGUAAGGUAGGUUGUGUGUGUGUGUGUGUGUGUGUGUGUGUGUGUGUGUGUGUGUGUGUGUGUGUGAAGAUGGAAUAGGGUGAAGGUGAAGAAACAGCUUGACUUGUGCCUGUUUUCAGAUAAAGGAGUAAAGUGAUCUUCUACAGACUGUAACUAUCUUGAAAGAGAAAUUGAUCAUCAGAUGGUCAAGUACUCUUGGGAUGUCUCUUUGCUGUUUACUGUGGCCUCUUUACAAUGGUGAGACUUAUUUCUACCCUCUACUUUCCACUAUUAUUUUUUUCCCCUAUUGGAUAAUGCCAGUCUGAGCAGCCCUAACACUAGAUGUACCUAAAAAGAGAUAUAAGCCAAGUCAUUGUUCAGUGUAGUCAUUUCUUAGUAUCUGUUUAUAUUUUGUCACACAUCAGAAUGUAUAUUUUAUAGAGCAUGUGUUUGUCUACUUGUUUGUCUACUAUAAUAUGUCUUUAAUAAAGCUAAAAACAUUCUGA